CACACCGCAGACCGAACCCGCGCCGACAUGUCGCGAUCAUUCCUUGUCGACACUUUGAUCAGCGACGCGCCCAAGGACUGCAAGAAACCCGAUAUGUCCCCUGACCCGCUGCACCCUUACGCCACUUUCUUAGCUCAGCCCAAAUUUAUGCCGUACCCUUACCCGGGGAACUUGAACAAUUUGCUAAGUCUCGGGCUGCAGCAACAAAACCGGGCGCCCGAUCUGUUCCGACCCUUUUUGGAGCAUCUCAACUUCCGAUAUCCUCUGCUGCACCAGCUGCCUCCCCACCGUGAGAUCUUUGAGCAGCCCCAGGCCGAAGCUCUGGCGCCCGAAACCUACAGGAAAACUGAUGAUCAGGAACCGAUCAACUUUGUGAGCAGAAGAAAAAAAUCAGUGUCACCCUAUCUUCACCAUCCAUACAAAUCCACCGCGAUGUCGCCGACAAAGAACCAAGGGCAGCGAUCACCGUCACUGUCGAGCGACAGCCGCAACGGUACGCCGAGCCCGCCACUCGCUCACCCCGAAGAGCUCCUCCCGGGAUACUCUAAGGACUUGAAGCGGCUCCCGCUUAAGGAGGAUUCCAGUAAAAGGAUCAGGACCGCGUUCACCGGCACACAGCUGCUGGAACUGGAAAGAGAAUUCUCCAUGAACAUGUACCUGUCGAGACUGAGACGCAUCGAGAUCGCGUCGAGGCUGAAGCUCUCCGAGAAACAAGUAAAGAUAUGGUUCCAAAAUCGUCGAGUGAAGCUGAAGAAGGAGGAGAGCCCGGCGGCCGGCUCCGACGGCAGGACCAACAAGUGCUGCUGUACCAAGACCUCGUGCAGCUCUAAGACCUCGGACGCGACCUGUGACAACGACAGCGAGCACAUAGACGUUGUUAGUGACAAUGAUAGUUACGAAGUGCAAAACCUUUCGCGGUAUUCUUGAGAUAAUAUUAUUCCAAUAAAUUUUCGGACAACACGAGUAAUAUUAAUACAGAAAGUGUAGGCGCUGGGGAAUACGAGUAUUAGAUGGAGACAUACAUAAAGGUCGUUUAUAGUUUAACAUAAAGACUGAAUCUUUGAUUUUAAAGAAACUGUAAGACACUUUUUAUCCUACAUUUUCACAACGGUUGUGAAUUUUCUUGUAAACUUUGAGUGAUGUAAUAUUUAAAGAGAGUUCAAAUGAUUACAGGCCGUGUUUAAUCUGUUGUUUAAACAACAACAACGCCAUUAAAACUUAUUUGUAACGAUUCUAUUCGAGAAACUCGACUGUAUACUAAGACAAUGGAGAGACGCGGCCUUUCGAGUUAUUCGAAAAUUGUUAUAAUUGUAAAUAGAUAUAAUUUAUG